AAUAAAGCUGUGAUUGGCAUACCACUAUCAAAUGGGAAUCUUGAUGCAUUGUAUGAGAGACUAUAUAUUUUCGAGUUGUCGUUCAAACCGUUUUUAGAGUGGAAAGAACGACAAGGAGUCCGAAGUCGAUGAUCUUAUGAUUUGUGCUGACAGGAGACGACACCGAUUAAAGCUACAGAUGGUCGAACAUUUCAGGGAAAAGGAAAACUUUAAUUUGUGAUCAGUUAUUGUUUCAAAACAGUUCUUAUCUAAAAAUAUUAAUUAUUGUAUGUGAAAGAUGUCUAAAAGCUACAGCGACCACCACGUUAAACGUCCGAUGAAUGCCUUCAUGGUGUGGUCCAGGGGACAGAGAAGAAAGAUGGCUCAAGAAAAUCCAAAGAUGCACAACUCUGAGAUUAGCAAGCGUUUGGGUGCCGAGUGGAAACAGCUAUCCGAGGCCGAUAAACGACCUUUUAUCGACGAAGCUAAGCGAUUACGAGCUCUACAUAUGAAAGAACACCCAGACUAUAAAUACAGACCUCGGCGGAAACCAAAGCCUCUCCUGAAGAAAGACUCCGGUUUCAUUUCUUUUGGACAGCCUUUGCCUAUGACUUUUGACCCUCUCUCCAAACUCUCCCCUCCCGUCUUCCCAAUAUUGGACAGUGAGAAGGCACUGACAGCUCGGAGCUUGUCCUUUGGAUUUCCAUUAUCCGCUAGCUCCAUAAGGCCUGGGUUUAGUAGCCUGUACAACAGUGCUGACGUUGAUGGUCUUGCUAAACUCCGGGCAGCAGCAGCAGGAAGCAGCGUAGAACUUCCGAGUUCCACCGCUGGUAUCAAUCCGGGUGAACUGUUUUUGAACUCCGCGCCGGCUCCUCCAACAUCGUCUCUCUUUAGCACAGCGGCCAGUAGCUUCUUAUCUUCGCUGUCACAUUCACACUCUGCCGGUACCUACGGGAUAAUGCCGUAUAACUGCGGUUCCCCCUACUUUUCUCACGUCGGAUCAACACCAGUAACCUCUCAGGCACAAGAUGUGAGAUCACCAUAUACCUACCUGCUGAUGAAACCCGAAGAUCGGUUUCCUCGUCACCCUCACGCACCGCUUCUAUUCAGUAGAGGAAUAGUGUAAUUUUGAGUUAUACGUGAGUAUUAAGGCAUAAUCUCUGGUAAGAUAGUAAUUGUCAUAAUUUAUAACGCCUUCAAACACGACUUCACAAGUGAAAGAGUCAAAUUAUUCCUAGUCAACGAGUGCCACAAAAAACUUUUUGAGUCACGCCCAACGAGUUUGGCGGGAAACGUAAGCGUAGUUGAUAAAGAUCAUGUGCUUUUUUUUAUACAUUGGAGUUAUAGUUCUAUACCUAUUUUUCCAGUUAAAAGGCAACAUCUAUAAGGUAUGCAUAGGUAGAGUGUCUGGUUCAGUGUCGUGUACAGGUGGCUUAAAACAUAAGCGUUGGAACUUUCUACGAACUGUAUCGAACAAUAAUAGAUAAAUGUGUGAAAAUAUUUAAUUGUUUUAAAAUUUAACAUAAACUUCGUGUGUGUUUCAGUGUAUAUAUAAAUAUAUGGACACACAUAGUAUGCAUAUGAAUAUGUAAAGAAAGAGAGAGAACGAUAUAUAUAUAUAUAAUGAAAAUAGAGGAUAUUUCUUAUAAAAGUAGAGUUGUGUUUAUUGGUUACUUUAUUUUAUUAAUUUGAAUUUGUAAUACAUCAAGCUACUAAUGAAAUCAGUUUAUAUGCUUCUUAUUUAUAAGGGAAUUUUGUUAUCUCCUAUACUUCAGAGUACAGGGAAUAGUGUUCUAGAGUCAGUUAAACAUUGUUAUUUUAAUCAAGAAAAAUUCAGAGAUAGAUUGUUUUUUUUUCAUUUUCUCUCAGGCUGAUCUCAACAAAGUAAUGUGGUUGGACGUUUAGUUAGUAUUUUUCAUUAUUUUUAAGUGAUGCAAUAAUAUAAUUUACUAGAAACGUCAUAAAAGAAUGGCAGGUUGAUGGCAUAAUACAAACUAGGAAUAUACUAACUUAAAAAGUGAGUUAUAUGGCGAAAUUAACAUAUCAACAGUUCGCGUUUCCCAGUUACCACUCAGAACUAUUGUUGGUCCAAAAUAACCAAUUACUAUCUAGAACUAUUUUUGAUCUAAAAUAACUAACUACCAUCCAGAACUAUUGUUGGUCCAAAAUAACCAAUUACCAUCCAGAACUAUACAGUAAAUGUAGGUGUUUGCUCUUUUUUUGUCCGCACAGAAAAAUAUAAUAACGUGAUAAAAAUGUAGGAAAAAGUGUUUGUUUGUAAUAUUUUAUUGCUUAUAGAAGCGUUAACCAAAAGUUAUGUCACUACGCCCCCUCCUUUAAUAAAUAUGGUUUCUAGCGCCACCACAUCCUCUUUUUUUUUUAAUGAGUGAAAAAAUUAGUUAAGUGACAAGAUAUAAUGCACGGAUACUUAUUAUUUUCAUUAAUAAAAAUAUAAAUUAAAACGCUUAAUUUUGCAUUAUUGCACUAUUGACUCUAUCUAAUUGCUCGUGCACCCUCAAAAGAUCAUUUGCGCCCCACACUUUGGGAAACGCUGGCUUAUAGAACAUUUCAGUUGGUAAUUUAUCAUAGUUCACAGAAAUUACAGUGAAGAACUCUACGAUCAGGUAAGGAGUGUUGAAUUGUAUUUACUUUCAAGAAAAAGACAAAUGAAAGCAAUUCUUCGAUGAUGCUCUUAAGUAAGUUGAUAUUUACAUACAGCUUGAUGCAAUUUCACACCUCAAAACACCCUAUACUUCGAAUGAUAACAUUUCCUCGAAAUGUACUCUUAACAGUUGGGACAGCUUUGAUUCAUAACACAGAAAAAUCACGUAGGGCCAAAAAUUCGAUGGAUAAAAAACAAGAAACCUGCUAAUGUCCCGAGCGUUUUCGUCAGUGUUAGUAUCAGUCUUUGGGAGACACAA